GCUAAUUCACAAGGUUUUGAUCCCUUCGUUCAUAGCCCCACCAAACAGUUGACACUUGCGCUAACCAAGCUUGUUACUCGCAACCGACAAUCUUAAAAUUAUAUUCAUGCCCAUACUGGAACUUUGAUCAUCAGUGACACUUCAUUCAUUGAACGCCGGCACCGAUCGAUUCCACUGCUAUGCGACGAGCAAGCUAGCGGCAGUGCCGGGCGCAAUAGAACGCACCUGGGACCAUGGGCGUGAAGCUGCUGUUGCGCGCGCACCUGCAGAAGGGCGGCGCGGGCCCAGCCCACCACGACCUGAUAAAGCGCGUGCUGGACGAGCUGUGCUGCAGCCUGGUCUGGUCCGAUUCGUGGUCGGUGUCGUGCCACCUCCUGAAGCAGGGGCAUGGUGUGGUGGGCAGCAUGGGCGGCCCGGCGGCUGCGGGUGGCGGCGGCGCGGGCGGUGGGCUCCGAGACAUGUGGGCGGUGGCGCUGCGGGACUCGCCGGAACUGGUGUACUUGUUGGUCCGGCCGGAAUUCAAGGCGCUGGAGUGCGACAUCCGCAUGGUCCGGCUGAUUGAGAAGAAGCUCGAGUACGCGAAGCAGAUGACUGUGCGGCUGGAGGGGUCUACCUACACCAAAGGCGACUUCACGUUGCGGCUGUGUACCGCCACGCAGGCCAUUCACUCCACACAGGCGCUGCUGGGGUAUUGCUUGGACCUGGAGUAUGUGCCGGUGUCGUCCAUGGGCGCCGCCGAUGGCCUUGUGGGCGACUUCGUGGAGCUGCUGAGGCAGACGCUGGCAGGCGCGGUGGCGGCGGCCGGCGGCGGCGUGGCGGGGCUGCAGCUGGACAUCGUUCGGCCCGCGUACGAGAAGUACGGGCUGAUGGGUCAGCCGUACAGCCGUACACACGCCGCCGUGGCGUACAGCGAUCUGGUGGCUGCCAUGAUCAGCAGCUCGGCACAGCAGGCGCAGCAGGCGCAGCAGGCGGCGGCGGCGGCACAGCAGGCGCAGCAGCAGGCGGCGGCGGGAGCCGGCGCGACGGGGCAGGCGGGGCAGGGGCAGGGGCAGGGGCAGGGGGCGGGGCAGCAACCGCACGUGGUGCAUGUGAAGCACCAGCCGCCCGCCGUGCGGUAACAAGUGCCGUGCCGUACAGGGGCGGCUGGGCGGGGUAAUGCGAAUGCAAGGGGCUGACGGAUGAAUUCGCCGAGUGGUGUUUAUUCUGCUUUCGGUAUGUGCUGCUGCCAACAAAACUACGGUUGCAAGACUUCAAAUUGAUAGAUGGCGCAACAGACGGAUGCAUGGCGCAUGCGCGGUGCUGUGAGCAAGGAUUGGGCCGAGUGGCCGACCGAUUUUGGGCCAAGCCAGCAUUAUCUUCUGGCACUCCUACGAGCCAAAGCCAUUUCAGCCUUGACCUUCACUCUUCCUGGAGCUAGCGUUUUGAGAUGGGCUGGCGUCUUACGUCUGCUGGAUGCCAGGGCACAGACGCCG